AUGUCUCGCACUAGGAGCCACCACCCAACUUUGGUCGAGGCACAAGACCUUACCGGUACCCCUAGAGGAAGACACUCUGAUAAAGUAUUCUUCAAGCGAGCAAAGAAGACCAACAACGAGUGUCUGAAAGUAGGAGCGCUAAGCGCAGCCUUGAACCUACAAACCAACCUACUACGCUUGAUCAGCCAGGAAGAAUUCCUGGAAAUGUUCAAGUGGGAUCCGAACUCAGAGUUUGAGGAGUAUGCAAACGGAGAGAAAGGCCGUCAAUUCUUGAAGGAGAGAGGAACCAAAGUGACUCCGACUCCGCCACCCAAAGUGAAGAUGCAGCCACCUCAAUCAGCACAGUCUCAAGAACAAAGGACGGAGAAUUAUCCAGAUUACCAACCUCAGCCUCCAAUGUACUACCAUCCAAACAGGUAUUAUUACCCAUACCCACCGGAGAUGUACCAUCAACAGAAUCCCUCCUGGAAUCAACCAGGCUACUACCACAACAACCAGAUGUACCCUGUGGCUCACCAACAUCCUGUGCAAGAAAACCUUCAAUCUCAAGUCCCUCAACAGCCACCGGGCAGUACCAACCAAAAGAACCAAAACGAUCAAGCUCAGAAGAGCAACCGAGAUCGUCUGCACAACAGAAAGGCAAAGGGACCAAACUGGGUCCCUCCUCCAACUCUAAAGCGAGCCCCCCAAGACUCCUGA